CCGCAGCUGCAACAGCUUCGGCAGCUCCAGCCUCCCGCAUACGCCUCAACGAAGCCGCCCAUACCAACAUCGCGCCUGAACCUCUCCAAACCACAUCGCUCGCGCCCGCGUCGCGCUGUCGCUCACCAUGCGGCCCAAAUACGGCAAUGAGACGUGCGAACUGAAGGAUUUUGUCCAGCCCGAGCACGACAAGAGCUUCCAGGUUCAACUUGCACUCUCGCUGCUGCUGGGCGUCACGGCUUUCCUCGCCUUCUGCAUUCUUCGCCCACGAUGGCCUGCCCUCUACGCCGCUCGCAAACGCCGCCUCGACCCCUCCAUCAAUCUCCCCACGCUCUCGAACUCGGCCUUUGGGUGGAUGCCACAAUUGUACAGGAUCAGCGAGGAGCAGGUUUUGUCGACAGCUGGCCUUGAUGCGUUCGUGUUCUUGACCUUCUUCAAAAUGGCCGCUGCACUCUUCUCCAUCAUGGCAUUCUUCGCAACCGUUGUUCUCUUGCCAAUAAACAAACACUACCGCCAAUUCAACCUUGAAUUUCCGGGAAAAGACCCCGAUGACAAAAAGCCCCCGAGUUCUCCCUAUGUGUCAAGCCAGCUGCCACUCGCAACGGACGAUUUCGUAUGGUACAAGAAACCAGACGACACUGACAAGUCGCACGGGAUUGCAUACUUGUGGUCAUACGUCUUCUUCACCUACUUCUUCGUUGCAUUGACAAUCUACUUUGUCAACUGGGAGACCUUUCGGAUCAUCCGGUUCCGACAAGAAUAUCUCGGGUCCCAGUCUACAAUCACGGAUCGGACAUUCCGCUUGACCGGCAUCCCCUCGGACCUCAGAUCGGAAACCAAGAUAAAAAAUCUGAUCGAAAAGUUGAAUAUUGGCACCGUCGAUGCCGUUACUAUCUGCCGGGACUGGAAGACGCUGGACGACCUGGUGGCAGUGAGAGACGUCACGCUGAGAAAACUCGAGACUGCGUGGGCUAAAUACGUGAAAUAUAAGCGGGACAACAGCACAGGAGGUAGUCGGUGGGCACUUCCUGCGGACCAAUAUAGCUUAAGUGGCUCUCCAAGACAGGAUACCGACGAGGAAGCUGGCGAGAACGGUCAUCUCCUCAACCCCGAGAUGGAUGAGGCCGACUGGGGAGAACAGGGCCGACCAUAUGUCAACAUUCGCUACGGUUUCCUUGGACUCCUCUCCCGCAAAGUUGAUGCCAUCGACUUUUACGAGGAGCGACUUCGAAGGUUGGACGAAAAGAUUGUCGAGGCUCGCAAGAAGAAGUACACCCCCACCGAUAUGGCUCUUGUUACCAUGGACUCGGUCGCCUCAUGCCAGAUGUUUAUCCAGGCCAGGAUAGAUCCUCGACCCGGCAGAUUGUUGACCAAGCCAACUCCUGCCCCGUCUGACCUGGUUUGGAGAAACACAUAUUCUCUUCGGGGCAUCCGCCGGCUCAAGUCUUGGGCCGUCACCCUCUUCAUCACCGUCCUCACACUCGUCUGGAUUUUCCCCACGGCCUUUCUCGCAUCCUUCCUGAGCAUCUGUGCGAUCAGGAAGGCGCUGCCCCAGUUCGCUCACUGGCUAGAGACCCAUGACAUUAUUUUUUCAUUGGUCCGGAACGGUGUCCCCACGCUGGUGGUCUCCCUUCUUAACGUUGCUGUCCCGUAUCUCUACGACUGGCUCUCAAAUUGCCAAGGAAUGAUUUCUCAAGGCGACGUCGAGCUCUCUGUCAUCUCCAAGAACUUCUUCUUUACCUUCUUCAACACCUUCUUCGUGUUCACCAUUUCGAAAUCCGGUUUGGAUUUCUGGGGUGUCUUGACGAAUCUCCUAAAAAACACAAGCCUAAUACCCACUGUCAUCGCAAGUGCCGUGGAAGAACUCUCCAUCUUCUACAUCUGCUUCAUCAUGCUGCAGGGUAUCGGUUUGAUGCCUUUCAGGAUUCUGGAGGUUGGAAGCGUCUUCCUCUACCCAUUCGAUCGGAUGAUGUCAAGCACGCCGCGCGACUAUUUCGAGCUGAAGCAACCGCCUGCUUUCCAAUACGGCUUCUACCUGCCAACAGCGUUGCUUGUGUUCAACCUAUGCCUCAUCUACAGUAUUUUAAAAUUCGGCCUCGUGAUUCUCAUUACCGGCACGGUGUAUUUCACCCUUGGAUACUUCACUUUCAAGUACAUGGUGCUGUAUGCGAUGGACCAACCUCAGCAUGCCACCGGCGGUGCAUGGCGCAUAAUAUGCUACCGAAUCAUCAUUGGACUGGUUGUUUUCGAGGUUGUCAUGUUUGGUCAGAUUGCUUCGAUCGGCGCUUUCGUUGCGUCUCUGUUCAUCCUGCCGCUUGUUCCCUUUACCAUCUGGUAUAGCUUCUAUAUCAAGGAGCGGUUUGUGCCUCUAACCAAGAACAUCGCGCUCCGUGCAAUCAGGACAAAUGAGGACUCGGAAGAGGAAGCGGUGUCGGAUGAUGCAUUUGAUGAGGGCUCGGGCUCGGGCUCGGGCACGCCACCGUCCCGACGCCUUAUACGCCGUGGAAGCACGCUGGAUGAGUACAAGGAAAAGGGUCUGACCUUUGUCAACCCUAGCCUCACCGCUCCACUACAACAACCAUGGAUCUACCAUGAUCCACCCCCGGUCCUUCCCGACGACCAAACAGAUUCAAGCGAAGAUCGGGUCCCGCCAACCCUAGUCAGAGCUAAUAGUAGUCUUGGCAUAGGGGACUCAAACGUGUGGAGGGAUAUCGAAGGGAAUAAUGUCUAACGGCUUGGGUCUGAGUGUUAAUGCAUAGUAACGGCGCUUGGUUGUAGCUUGCUCAUGGAGUAAUUGUGAACAUUGCUAGACUGUAUGUCUUAAUUACACAUAC